UGAAUAGCUGAGAGAUCGAGUACUACAGCUAACAAAGAAAUUACCUUAACACGUACAACAUUCUAUGAGGGGGUUAUCCCAGUGCUUGUUUCUGUUUUUGUUCUUUUUCUUCAAGGGGUGCAACACCAGUACUUCCCAAGAGCCAUCUUAUUGUCCUGAGGAGGAAAGCUCUGCGUUGCUACAAUUCAAGCACAGCUUUACUAUCAACGCAUCUGCUUCGGGUUUAGAGAGUGCUUAUCCGAAAGUGUUGUCAUGGAAACAAACUCAAGGAGGAAACAACACCAGCUGCUGCACAUGGGAUGGGGUUGAGUGUGACGAAAAGACGGGUCAUGUGAUUGGGCUUGAUCUUAGUAGCAGUUAUCUCUACGGCUCUAUCAACUCCAACAGCUCCCUCUUCCGUCUUGUUCACCUUCAGAGGCUCAACCUCGCUGAUAACGACUUCAAAUACUCUCAAAUUCCUUCAACUAUUAGGAAUCUUCCUAUGCUCACCCAACUCGACCUCUCUUUCUCCGUCUUUGCUGGUCAAGUCCCAUCUCAACUUUCACAGUUGGUUAAGUUGUCACUCCUCAAUCUUUCUUCCAAUACCGAACCUUCUUCUGGUGUAGGAUUGUUGAAACUUGAUGGAUCCAAUUUCAGAAAUCUAGUUCAAAACUUAACCAAUCUAGAACACCUUUGUCUCCGUUACAUCAACAUAUCUUCGACAAUUCCCCAUUCCAUGGCCAAUUUAUCAUUUUUGACAACCGUCGACUUACAUCAGUGCGAGUUGUUUGGCGACUUCCCGGUAACAAUUUUCCACUUCCAAAACUUGAAAAAUCUUUAUCUGAGAGACAACCAAGAUCUCAUUGGUUAUUUGCCUGAAUUUAAUCAAAGUAGUCGUCUCACAACACUCGAUGUUCAUGGAACUAGAUUUUCAGGGAACUUUCCUUCUUCCAUCGGAAAGAUUAAUUCUUUGAAGCAGUUGGAUGUGGCUGCAUGCAAUUUUACAGCAGGGUUGAUUCCAUCUUCUCUAGGUAAUCUUAGACAGCUCACAUAUCUAGACAUUUCAGCAAACAAAUUUGGAGGUCUAAUUCCUGAGUCUUUUGGAAACCUUACAAAAUUGACUAAUUUUAGGAUUGCUACAAGUCCAUUAACUAUUGGUCCGGUCCCAUCUUGGAUAGGUAACUUCAGCAAACUAGUUUACCUAGAUUUUUCAUAUAGUGGACUGAAUAGUUCAAUUCUUGCGUCAUUUUCCAAUCUCACGAACCUUGAGAUUCUUUAUCUUCAUUACAAUGACCUGAGAGGUACAUUGGAGUUUCAAACAUUUCGAAACUUACAAAAUCUCAAUCAACUCAAUCUAAAUGGUAAUAAUCUGGAAUUUCUCACUGAUUCCGUGAUUAUGAAUGCAACAGUUCCACAGUUCAAGGUUCUAGGAUUGGCUAGAUGCAACUUGACACAGUUCCCAUAUUUCUUAAGAUAUCAAAAAAAUUUGCAGGCUUUGUACCUUGAUCAAAACAAAAUCCAAGGCCAAGUACCGAAAUGGAUCUGGAACAUGAGCACCGAAAGUCUGAAGUUCUUCCGCCUUGGCGAUAACCUCCUUUCAGGCUUCGAGCAACUUCCAGUUGUGCUUCCUUGGAUUAACUUACGAUAUUUAAGUCUUUUGUCCAACAUGUUCCAUGGGCCACUCCCAAUACCGGCAGCAUCCACUAGUGGCUAUGAAGUUCAGAAUAACAACUUUGCUGGAGAAGUUCCACCAGGGAUCUGCAAUAUGAGUUCUCUUCUGGCCCUUGAUGCGUCUAAUAACAACUUCAGUGGCAUGAUUCCGCAGUGUUUCGGAAACUUUAGCGACCAUCUGACACUUUUGCUGCUUGGAAAUAACUCAUUUCAUGGCACUCUUCCUCAGACAUACACCAACAAAAGCAACUUGAGGAUGCUUGAUGUGGGUCAAAAUCAAUUGCAAGGGCAACUACCGAGGUCAUUGGCUAAUUGUCUGUUGCUUGAGACUUUGAUUCUGUCAAACAAUAACUUGAGUGAUGUUUUCCCCUUUUGGUUGGCAACCCUUCCGGAGUUAAAACUUUUGGCAAUGCGGCAUAAUGGGUUCCAUGGAGUGAUAGGAAAGCCUGAAAACAAUCAACGGUUCCCUAAGUUGCGUAUUUUAGAUAUGUCUUAUAACAAUUUCACCGGCCAGUUUCUAGCUGAGCACAUCUUCUUUGAGUAUGCCAUGAGACCAAAUAUGACUGUCAGCCAGACAACAUACAUGGAGGCUGACGUCAGGUACCAAUUUGGUAAUGGUAAUGGUGAAUCGGCCACUUUCUAUUAUGAUGCCCCGAUUACAAUAACGAGUAAAGGUCUGGACAGAUACUAUUCAAAGAUUCAAGAAGCCUUUGCAGUCAUUGAUAUCUCAUGCAACAAAUUUGAAGGGAAGAUUGAUGAAUGGAUUGGAAAUCUAAAAGGGCUUCGCUCGCUGAAUUUUUCCAAUAACCUUCUCACCGGUGGGAUCCCAUCAUCUUUGGGAAAGUUAACAGAUCUCGAAUCACUGGACCUUUCGAAUAACAAGCUCUCAGAAGAGAUCCCACAACAACUGGCGCAACUGACAUUCCUUGCACAAUUCAAUGUCUCUCACAACAAUCUCACAGGUCCUAUACCGAGUGGAACCCAACUCAGGGGGUUUAAUGUCACUGCUUAUGAGGGAAACUCCGCACUAUGUGGAGAUCCAUUGCCAAAGAAAUGUGGGAACUCUAAUACCCCAGCUCAACUGCCACCUUCUGGAAUAGAAGACAACAGUUCAGGGUCCGGAAUUGAAUUUGAUUGGAUUUUUGUGUUGGCUGGAUACGGAAGUGGGUUGGUUAUAGGAGUGGUACUUGCGGAUGUAGCAAUCACACGGAGGCCUGUGUUGUUUCUUCAGAUAGUUGGAACAUUGAUCAGACUAAUGGAAAAGAUCACAAGCUGGAAGAGGUCUGGACGCUGAAAUUGAUGACUGCCAUAUAUUGUUCUGUCUUUUUUUCUUGUGUGUCUUUCGGUAUUUGUUUCGUAGCUAAUGCUUACUAGCUUGGUCUUUAUCUGUCUUCUCUUUGUAGUUUUUAUAACGGAUGUAUCAGCUACAAUCUGAAUCUGCUUAUUGCAUCAGUUAACUAAGAUUUAU